AUGCCGCUUGUGCGCAAGACCUUUUGGGUGACAAUCCUGACCCUCGGAGAAUGGGAGAAAGAGGUUGACCGAUACAGGUCAGCCUACGUGUCCGUUUCCAAGGGAGAAUAUGCCGUUUUUACGUUCGAGCCUCCGCGCACCGAGAACUGGCUUGUGUUCGAGGUGCCCACCUCACAGCACUCUACGUUUCCCAGAUCGUGUGACAAGUUCGUGGCCACGAUAUUGCUAAUGCUCAUCAGCCCAUAUCACAGAGCCGCCCGUGGAUUGAACGUUGCUGCCAUCAAUGGACAUCGCACCUUCAAUUGUGAUGGCAGCCGGACGAACAGUGGUGUGUCGGUGAUCCUGGUAGACAAUGAACAAGAUGAAGGUCUACCACAAUGGUCGCGAUUGCCUCUUUCUCCUACAUGCGAGGGAUCUGAUACCCGGAAUAUACCCGCAGAGGAGAGUGAUAGUCGACCAAGCCCAGUGACCCAGGAGGACUGCAAUGCAGUUGAGCAACGCAUUGAACCAAUUGCCUGGGAUCCCGUGAGGAACCGGGAGCUUAACUGGCCCUGUUGA